CUAAUGGAGAACACAUUUUGAAAUUGAGGUUAUUCAAAAGAACAUAAGCCGGACUAAAAGAACCCAAUGGACGUCAUCUUAGCUGUGAUUGCAUUUUGCUCUUUGAUUUUGAUAGCAGAAGGGAAUUCAUGCUGUCAGGAUGGCUGGCUCCCGUAUGAAGACUCGUGCUACUACUUCUACGACGAAAAAAGACUAAACUGGAAUCAAGCCCUGACAUCUUGUAAGAACAAAGACGCAUACCUGGCCACCAUAGAAACAAACAACGAAAACCGAUUUUUGAUGCAUUUUGCAAGGAAGCUGUUUAGACCUGAUACGGACUACCGGAACACGACUAUAUUUUGGCUUGGAGCGAGCGAUGCGGACAUAGAAGGUAUUUGGAAAUGGGUGGCGACCGACCAGCAGCUCAAUUUUCAAGAUUGGGACGUACAAAAUAACCAACCGACAAAUUUGCACGAUAACCAUGAGGAUUGCUUGGCUCUUAGCGGCGCUUUUGAUUUCAAAUGGCAUGACGGCGAAUGUGACCUUGACACCGGAUACGCACUCUGCGAAAAACAAGGAGCCCUCGGAUCCACUGGUGCUGGUAUAUCAGCAAUUGGGUAGAAGAUCUGGGAUCCGUCAAUGCAUCUUUAGAAUGUUUUAACAUCAGCAAUAAAUCAACUGCAAAAUAAAA